AAACUUAUAGAUGAAAACCUGACACACCAUGUAAAUGUAAAUGUAAUGUACAUUUACAUUUACAUCAAUGUAAAUGUAAAUGACAGCUGUGAAAGGUUCAUUAUUCUAGAAUCUUUGUCUCCUGAAUUCCCACUGACCAAGCUUUCUCCGUUUGCCAUCCAUAAACGCACUGCAGGAAUUUCUGGCUCAUUGAAGAUGCCAGAAAACAGAAAUCAGGUCAGAUUCUAGUAGAAUGCAGGAAAAAGACCCCAAUGUAACAGCUGCUGCGCACAACUCAGCUGGCAGGAAUCAUUAUCAAGGCCUUCUCUAACCCUAUACUAAACAGCAGCAAAGGAGUCAUCCGAAUCUUGCAAAAUAAGGAGUAACUAAUGUAAAAGGAAUUAUAAUGUGAAAGCUGGAUCAGAUUAUUGAAACAUAUGCUUACAUGUUGACUUGUAGCAGACCACAACCUCUUGAAAAAUCCUAAUAGGACUCACAGUUGACUUAUAUACCCCCAACUCAUUAAGAUGUUUUAACUGCCAAACAUUCAGCCAUGACUCGGCCCACUGCAAGAGCAAAUCCAUCUGCUGUAACUACUGGGAGGAAAGCUAUGAAACAAAUUGUGACCACUCUUCAAAAUGUCCAACACAACGCAGCCUCCAAAGAAUGCCUAGCAUGGCAAAGAGGAAAAAAAUACAUUGUACCAAGUAUAUCAAGAAAAUCAGCUACCCAGAAGUUCGGAAGUUAGUACAAGGCUCCUCAUUCUUUUCUCUACCCAGAUCAUAUGCUGCAGUAUUAAAAACCUCUAGAUUACCCGGAAUUUACCUGGACCUCAGCAUAUCACAGCAAAAACCUCCACCCAAGUAAAAACAAAACAGAAAGCUCGCAGACACCACCCAUUCCACAAGUAAUACAAACUAGCCAGCUCCAAAACAAAAACUCAGAACCCAUCCCCCUGACAAACAAAUUAGAACUAUUCGCUUUAUCACACAAGCUCUGUGUACAGUACACUUCACCCACUGUUUCAUUCUGUUCUUUUAUACUCUUAAAUAAACAGAAUACACAGUUAGUCAUGGUUAUUGUUUACUUUAUAUUUAUUUUUAACUCAAGUGUGUGACUUUCAUAUACGCUAACUUGUGUUAAACAUGUCGGUAUAGAACCUUAACUUUAAACAAUUCUAUAUUACAUCCAUGUUUGCACAGUGGGUGGAACUUGUCAUAAAGUUAGUGAUAAAUUAUGUCCAUUUAGAGGGAAGAUGUGAUUGGUCAGUUUUACUGUCAUUUGAAAUUUGUCCCUCACAGAAUUUCUAUUGUUCAGCUGCUGAAUAAUACAAGCAGCAGAAGAGGGACGUGUCACCACCAUGGAUCUACAAAAUGAAGCAUUCCAGAAGAGACUAAUAAUAAAGGAGGAGGAUGAAGAUGAGGAUGACGAGUUCUUCUGUAAAAUCCCUGUGGAACAUGUCAUCUCUGAGGAACUCUUCUCCCCAGUGGAUCAACAGGAUGGAGGUUUCCAGAUGAAGCCGGUGAAGAAGGAAGAACCUGAAGAUACAGAUGAACUCAAACUGAACGAUGAUUUCUCCUGCUCCUCGUGUCCACAUUCCUCUACAACCCAAAAUCACCUCCACAAUCACAUCAAGAGCUGCAACCAUGAUAAAUAUGAGACUCUGGUGAAGAUUAAGACUGAACAUGAGAAUCUGACGCCCACCAGAAGCUCCAGUAAUCAGCAAACGUCCUCUGGUACUGUCAGCAUUAACACCUCUCUCGGUCCCACACAGGAAGAAGGAAACGUCUGCUCACAGUGUGGGAAGAGCUUCAGGUACCAGAGUGAUCUCAAAAAGCACCAGCGCAUUCACACUGGAGAGAAACCGUAUCAGUGCUCACAGUGUGGGAAGAGUUUUAAAACACACAAUUAUCUCAAAAUACACCAGCGCAUUCACACUGGACAGCAACCAUAUCAGUGCUCACAGUGUGGGAAGAGUUAUAAUACACAGAGUAAUCUUAAAAUACACCAGCGCAUUCACACUGGAGACAAACCAUAUCAGUGUUCACAGUGUGGGAAAAGUUUUAAUCAACUGAGUGACCUCAAAAUACACCAGCGCAUUCACACUGGAGAGAAACCAUAUCAGUGCUCACAUUGUGGAAAGAGUUUUAAUAUACAGGGUGAUGUCAAAAUACACCAGCGCAUUCACACUGGAGAAAAACCAUAUCAGUGCCCACAGUGUGGGAAGAGUUUUAAUAGACCGAGUGAUCUCAAAAUACACCAGCGCAUUCACACUGGAGAGAAACCAUAUCAGUGCUCACAGUGUGGGAAGAGUUUUAAUACACUGGGUAAUCUCAAAAUACACCAGCGCAUUCACACUGGAGACAAACCAUAUCAGUGCUCACAGUGUGGAAAAAGUUUUAAUACACAAAGUUAUCUAAAAAUACACCAGCGCAUUCACACAGAAGAGAAACCAUAUGAGUGCUUACAGUGUGAAAAAAGUUUUAAUAGACAGAGUGAUCUCAAAAUACACCAGCGCAUUCACACUGGAGAAAAACCAUAUCAAUGCUCACAGUGUGGGAAGAGUUUUAAUCAACAGAGUGAUCUCAAAAAACACCAGCGCAUUCACACUGGAGAGAAACCAUAUCAGUGCUCACAGUGUUGCAAGAGUUUUAAUCAACUGAGUGAUCUCAAAAAACACCAGCGCAUUCACACUGGAGAGAAACCAUAUCAGUGCUCACAGUGUGGAAAGAGUUUUAAUAGACAGAGUCAUCUCAAAAUACACCAGCGCAUUCACACUGGAGAGAAACCAUAUCAGUGCUCACAGUGUGGAAACUUCUUUGCUCAUUUAUCAGCAUUUAAGACACAUACAUGUAACGCAUGAAAUUGUACCAAAUAAACAAACUUUUUUUAUA